AUGAUCUCUCCGCCUAAUCAAACUUCUAUGUAUGAUAGUGCGAAUGGAAGAGUGCGAUUUCAGUCGAGUAAUGAGAUUCUAGCUCUGGCUAAAUCUAAUGCUACACCCAACCUUUUCGCUAUCGGAGGUCCGAAAAGUCUUCAGUUGACCCGUAUAUCUGAGACUGACAUUGUUUUGGAGUACGACUUGGCUAUGCAAAUAGGGCAUGCCAGAAGCGCCAAGUUUGGACUAAUUAGUGACCUAAAAUUCGGUCAUCAAAACUACGGAAGAAAUAUUGCAGCAUCCACUUUAUCUGGCUCCAUUCAUCUAUAUAACUUGGAUAGGGGAAAUAGGGUUAGGAGUACAUUCACGGAUCAUAAGCGAGCCGUCAAUUCUAUAGAUUUCUCCACCGUGGCUCCCUAUGGGUUGGUGUCCGGUUCCCAAGACGGAAAGAUGAAGAUCUGGGAUCUCCGGAUGAGAAAUACUAGGGCUGCAAUAACUAUAAAUGGUAACGCUGAUGCCGUGCGAUGUGUUCAAUUCAAUCCUCAUCAAGAGAAUAUACUUUGUAGUAUAUUUGACUCAGGUGUAAUACAGAAAUGGGAUACAAGGAAGCCGGACGUGGUAGAAAGGAGAAUCAAUGCACAUUCAGGACCUGGUCUUACCCUAGAUUGGCAUCCUAACUUGGAUUAUAUUGUUACAGGGGGACGGGACAAGCAAUUACAGGUUUGGAAUAUGGGUUCAGAUGCCGAAUAUCGCCGAGAGCCUGAUCAUGUCAUAUACACUUCCGGUCCAAUAUAUAAGGCAUGUUGGUGCAGAGGAAGAGGUAAUGGAUCCAUUAUGAACACUGAUAUUGCGACAUGCUUUCUUAAUGAUGAUCCAUGCAUCCAGAUAUGGACCCUAAACAGAAGAUUCAUUCCAAGGAACAUCAUUGACUGUCACAGUAACCAAAUUACUGGGUUGCUUUGGAAAACUCCGCGUCAUUUGAUUAGUUGCUCGAAAGAUAAAGGUUUGAUUCAGCACGACGUCGUCAGAGAGCCUAAGGUUAUUGACAACCUAUGCCCCUAUGCAACUUCUUGGAACCCUGUUGGUGCCUGUAAUCUUUUGUUUAUCAAGCAGAGCAAAGACGAUUACGAUUUACACAAUGAACCUGUAAAAGUUUCGUCUCUGUUCAUUUCAGGGCUUGGUGGUUCUACAGCUGGAAAUAGCAAUGGCAAUGGCAGUAGUAGUAAGGCCUCGCCCGCUGGUUUGAGCAGCAUUCCUACCUCUGAUACAUUGCAUCAUUCUUUGCAGUCUGCCGUCUCAUUGGCGUCGUAUAUCAACAAUGCUGCGGAAAAGAAAAUUGGAAGAAAUCACUUAGCGUUACGAAAUAAAUCCUUUGUGACCCCGCAGAGCAAGCACAUCGUUAAUCUUCAAGUUUCACCCUUUGUGAUGCCGGUCGAUGUCGUGUUAGUUCGUAACGAAAGUCAGGUAUUUGAGUUUUUAUCGGCUAGCUAUCUUAUUGAGGUUCCUGAUGGAUUGGAUAUAACGCAGGUAUGUGAGUACAACGCUGCAUUGGCAGCUUCUGCAGGGAGAUUUAGAGAUUGUCAAACAUGGCGGACUCUUCGGUUUGGUAUUCUAUGGCAAUACACGGAUGAUACGGAGAGCGCAGAUGCUUUGUUCAAAAGUUCUCUAGGUGAAGUAUCCUCUCCAAAGGAGACAGUUGCCAAAGGCUACACUUCUGAUACUCAUUCAACAAUAAAUGCCUCGCAAAGUGACAAAUUCGGAACGUCUUUGGGUUCCUAUACAGAAGGAUCAGUGGCUUCUACAGGGAAUGGCAACUCGAAAGAGAAGCAGAAUGGUGAUCAGGUGAAAUCCGAGCAGGCCAUAGUGGAAAGUAUCCCUUCAUCCAUCGCCGAUUCUAAUGAAAAUGUUAUUGUUGAUGAUGAGGAGGAGACUGUGACUUUUGAUGGUCAGCAGUCGAUACAUCCUGUGGCCAUCCGUCGGUCCAGUAAGCAAUUAUCCAACUUCUCAAGGAACAGGUAUUCAUUUAAUGGUUCAUCUGUGGAUAUGGAUAAUGAAAAGUCGUUUUCACCGAGAUCCUCUAUGUCUCUCUCUAGAUCCCCGGUGAUAUCUCGCCUGCUUAAGUUUUCUGGUCUAAAAACCGAAGAUAUUGAGGGGGGCAGCGACAACAUGGUUGAAGCAAUUGUGUCCAGAAAGGCUAGUUCCGAUGCUUUACAAAGAGGUGGAUCCGGCAAUAAGAAAAGCCAGUUAACUGCCAUUCUCAGAAAAAGUUCAAUAUCUACGAAUGGCCCUUUGACUGUUCCUUGGAACCCUACGGAUCUAAUCAGGCAGGCUGCCAACUAUAGUGCAAAACAGGGAGAUUUGAUCACGUGCGCUACGUUUGCGCUGCUUUUCAAGCAGUUAUAUCCUAAAAGUAUGAGUGAUAAUCAAGCGCAGGAAUGGAUCUGGACUUAUCAUGAUAUGCUACUCCGAAGAUGUUUGUUUGGAACAGCGGCUGCUGUCAUGAAAAGGGCUUCGGAGUUUUAUGAUGUAUUCAAGACUGUAGGUCAAACACGAACAUCGGUGCGACUCUUCUGCAAUAGCUGCCAUAGUCUUGUGUUAAAUGAAAACUCGAAGAUUAGAGCAACUAACGCAGAUUCAGGAGUGGAAUUUGGUUUUUGGUACUGUGAGAAGUGUUCGAAGAGACAAGGUAACUGCACCUAUUGUGACGAGCCUAUUAAGGGCAUAUGUGUUGUGUUGCUAGGAUGCGGGCAUAAGGGGCAUUUUGGAUGCUUUAGGUCUUGGUUCGUCGAAGAGAAGCAGACGGAUUGUCCGAUAUGUUGGCUACCAGCAGUGGUAUUGUCUACAUAA